ACUUUUUUUGGAAGGGGGUGGUGGUAAAUGUCCAGCCAAUCCCCUUGUGUGCAUUGGGAACAACACCCGUUCGAUGUUGUUUCUUGUAUAAAAGGCCAUCACUAGUUCGAAGCCCAGUUGAGCUGUGACAGCUUUUGCUGCCAGCCGUCCAUGAAAGGGGGGAAAGGCAAAGAGCCUUCUCUUCAAGCAGCAAAAAUCUCUCCAGCGACCCAGAUGCCAAUGCUCAGUCACUGAGGACCGCUUGCCAACGCCGCCGGUCUCUUAAAUAAGAGGCGUCUUUCCUUCCUCUCAAAUGCCGUCGGCCGGGUAGAUGAGAAGUUCGAGGCUUCCGCCCAGUCGCUUCCGUCGUGGGACAUCAUGCCAUUUUAAUCCUUUGCCUGGGGAGCCCAUUCCCUCCGUGGAGGGCUUAGCUUCGGAGCAGGAGCGAGUGCGAAAGAGAGAGAAACCGGGUGAAACGCCUGGAGAGCUGUUGAAGGCCGUCCGGUGUGACUUGUGGUGACGAAAGGUCAUCCACACUCGGCGAUUCCUAGCAGCCGGUUUCGUAGGGGAGGCAAGCCAUGAGGGAACCCGGAACCGGUGUGGGGUACCAGCUAGUCUUCUGCGUGUGGCUUCUGGUGCACGGCCUCGUUGAGGGUGGAUGUGGCGACCGAGAGGCCCACAAAUGCUGCCCUGGUCGGAAUAAUGAGUGCUCCGAUUUUUCUCUGAGGAAAACACUGUGUUACUGUGACACGUACUGUGAGAAAACUGGGGAUUGCUGCGAAGAUUAUCACUCCGUCUGCCAGAUCUCGGCAGCUGUUGACUGUGUGGUUGGCCCUUGGGGUCCCUGGAGCGAAUGCAAUGCUCUUUGUGGUACGGGCAGCAAAGACCGGACUCGCCAGGUCACCGUGCCGCCUCGAAAUGGAGGAACCCCCUGCCCAGACCUAAAGCAGAGACGAGGGUGCCUUGGGGAGAACUCGGCCUGCGAUGAAGCAAAAGAGGUGGCUAAGAUCCUGCCUGAUUCUUUUAAAAGGGAUUUUAAGGACCCCUGGAGAAGACCUCACAUAUUAACGAGGGAGAAGCUGCCAAGUUACUGCAUCUACUUCCGCCUGACGCAGGUGAGCCCUGCCUGCCGCCUGCAUUUCUGGAGCAGGCAGCUGGCGAGAGAGCGUCGUGUCUGUGUGGAAUGCCAAGGGAAUGCCGUGGGCAGCAAGAAGCGGUGCCAAGGGGACGGUCUGCAGGGAGCCAGAACAUUCUGGACUGCGGCGUCCAUCGCUGGCUGCCAGGGAUCUUGGGUACAGGAGUCUCUACAGGAGAAAUGUGUGUGCCCUCAACUCUCCUUUAUCUUCAUAUGACGUCCUGUCGAGCUGAGUGGCAAUCUUAAGAAAGAGAGGAAAGACUGAAUGUCAGCCGCAGCUGUUUUGGGUUGUUUUCUUUUGGUAAAGAAGAGAGCUGAAGGAGUCAAGCUACAUUUUGCCAAUCAUUAUGCACUCAUUGUUUCCACUUGUUUUAUAAUGGACACCUGACUGUGUAUCGUUUCCAAGCACAAGAACGUCUGAUUCAAUCUCUCUUUGUUAAAAAAAAGACAAAAAGAACUGCAUAUAUAUAUAUACAUUAUAUACCUCUGAAAAAGGUAUACUACCUCCACCAUUGCCGCUAAAAUGGAAGAUGGCAUAUUUUGUCUGCUUUCCACAACGACUCCUGACUUUAUUUAAGACAGGGAACCUUUCCACACACACCCCAGCCCAAGAAACAUAUUCCCUUCUGGGCAAUGUUCCAGGGGUCAAAUCUCCAGUAUGGGUGGAGCCAGAGUCAAAAGCGGGCAGAGCAAGCAAUGUCAAUUUUAUAUUCGCGCAUUGUGGGAAUGUUGUGGAUACUAGGAGAGGAUGUCUUGAUUUAACAGUACCCUUCCUAACUCAUGCUUGUGAGUCAGCAGCAGAGUGCAUUAUACCUGUUAUUAGGUUUAAAAAUGCUGCUUUAAAAACCCGGACGUUUUGUCAAAUUUUAUAAAAAUCCACCUGGACAGAAAUUUUAAGCCUGACGAAGAGGAUGUGUUCGGGGAAAACCUGUUACCAAACCCCCAUACACCAUCCUUAUCGGUAUUUUUAUUCCCCGCCUCCUGCCGUUUGUAUCUCGAAUCUUGCUCACUAUUUUAUAUGGCAAUAAUACUUCAUUGGAAAAUCCC